UCGUGGGAGAGGCAGGGCUUCGGUUGAGCUGAGAGGGGGAGAUCAGACAGCCUUGGGCCCCUCGCCAGUCCCCACCUGGCACUCGUCUGUGUCACUGUCAGGAUUUGUCUGACUCCGCGUUCCCGCGCAGGGGUGUGUUGGGGGGAGUCCUCUUUGCGACUCGCAAAAUGGUUAUCAAAGUGUUUGUUGCCACAUCAUCUGGGUCCAUAGCGAUUAGGAAGAAACAGCAAGAAGUAGUGGGCUUUCUGGAAGCUAAUAAAAUCGAUUUUAAGGAGUUCGAUAUUGCCGGAGAUGAAGGCAAUCGGAGGUGGAUGAGAGAGAACGUUCCUGGAGAGAAGAAACCUCAAAAUGGGAUUCCUCUGCCCCCGCAGAUAUUCAACGAAGAGCAGUACUGUGGGGUGAGGUUUGGUUUUUUGGAAAAGUCUCUGCAUGUGUGUUUAUCAGAAGUCAUUUAAAGCAGAUCAAUUUCGAGGC